CUACCACUACGAAAAGACCUCCCCUCUCUACACAUUUCCAUUAGCUUUUAUCCUAAUGAAGUCCUUCAUAUCAGCCAUCCUCUCUCUCUCACCCCUUUGUUUUGCAGCCACACACCAAGCCUCAUGGCCUCUUCUUCUCCUUCUCUUCUCUGUCUCCUCACUCAUCUUCACUCUCUUCCUCAACUUCUGGCUUGUCCCUGGAGGCUUUGCAUGGAGAAACCACCAUGGAAAGUACUCUUCCAAGCUCUCUGGUCCCAUUGGCUGGCCCUUGUUGGGGUCCUUACCUCUAAUGGGUUCGCUCGCUCAUCGAAAACUGGCCACCAUGGCUGCUUCCUGUGGUGCAACUCGGCUCAUGGCAUUGAGCCUUGGUGUAACUCCAGUUAUCAUCAGUAGUCACCCGGACACGGCCAAAGAAAUCCUAUGUGGGUCUUCUUUUUCCAACCGUCCAGUGAAGGCAUCAGCUCGUCUACUGAUGUUCGAGCGUGCCAUUGGCUUCGCUCCCUCCGGGGACUACUGGCGCCAUCUCAGGCGCAUCGCCGCAAACUACAUGUUCUCUCCCAAGAGAAUUUCUGGGUCUGAGGCUGUCCGCCUCCGUGUGGCUGAUGAGAUGGUAGUAGGAGUGCGGAAGGAGAUGGAGGAGAGAGGUGUUGUGAAAUUAAGAGGGAUUUUACAGAAGGGCUCUCUGAGUAACAUCAUGGAGAGUGUGUUUGGUAGGGGUUUAGGAAGUGUAGAAGGAGAGGGAUUAGGGUUUAUGGUGAUAGAAGGAUAUGAAUUGAUUGCAAAAUUCAAUUGGGAAGAUUACUUUCCACUAGGGUUUAUAGACUUUUACGGGGUAAAGAGAAGGUGUAGUAAAUUAGCAGCUAAGGUGAAUGGUGUGGUGGGGAAGAUGAUAGAAGAAAGAAAAAGAGUUGGAGAGUUGAGUGGUGGUGGAAAUGAUUUUCUCAGUGUUUUGCUGUCUUUGCCAAAAGAGGAUCAGCUGAGUGAUUCAGAUAUGGUUGCUGUCUUGUGGGAGAUGAUAUUUAGAGGCACAGACACAGUGGCCAUUCUUCUUGAAUGGAUCAUGGCCAGAAUGGUUAUACACCAAGACAUCCAAGCAAAAGCCCAGGAAGAGCUUGACACGUGCCUUGGCAACCAGUCGCACGUGCAAGACUCUCACAUCCAAAGCCUCCCUUAUCUCCAAGCCAUUGUGAAAGAGGCCCUCCGAAUGCACCCUCCAGGCCCAUUACUCUCAUGGGCCCGGCUCGCGAUCCAUGAUGUCCACGUAGGCAAGUUCUUUGUGCCAGCUGGCACAACUGCAAUGGUCAAUAUGUGGGCCAUAGCCCAUGACCCGACAAUUUGGAAAGAUCCAUGGGCCUUUAAACCAGAUCGGUUCAUUAACGAGGAUGUGUCGAUCAUGGGUUCGGAUCUAAGGCUUGCACCAUUCGGGUCGGGUCGUCGGGCAUGCCCGGGAAAGGCACUCGGUUUAGCCACGGUUCACUUAUGGCUCGCUCGACUUCUCCAUCGGUUCAAAUGGCUCCCAACCCAUCCCGUGGAUCUUGGAGAAUGCUUGAGGCUCUCCCUUGAAAUGAAGAAACCUCUCAUUUGUUGUGCAAUUCCUCGAGUGUGAGUUUGUAAUCCUCUCAAAAAAAAAUGUGAAUUUUUCGAAAUACUUCUCUAAAAUAUAGUAAAGCAUGAUAUAAUGCUCAACAAAAUUAAAAUCACUUGUCUACUAUAUUUAUUUAGAGAAGUAUAUCGAUUAAUUCAUUAAAAAACUUGAGUGGGUGUAUUGUAAGUUAGUGUGACUAAGGGUGUGGUUUGUCCAAAAUUGAUGUGACCAAAAACUAUGGUUAAAUGGACAUGAGCCAUCAACUCUGUAAUAAUGAUCCUUGUACCAUAAGCCUUGAAGGGUAAGAGGAAUGAAUUUAUCCUACUUUCUUGCAAGUUAUAAUAAUGUAGUUAGUCAUAA